GUUUAUGUUUUUGGCCACGCCCCUUUGUGUGACGUAUUUUGUUAUGAUUCCACCCCUUUUGUGACGUGUUUUUGUUUACAGUGUAACCCCUCCCCAUUUAUGACACCAAUACCUAACCCUAACCCUAACCCUAACCCUAACCCUAACCCUCAGUCCCAACCACCCCUCCCACCCCUACCCAAAAUGCCGGAACUCCUUUUUAAAUGAAGUACUUUAAGGUCAUGGUGAGGCAAACCCCAGUGAACCCGAAAGCCUCAUCCCCGGUAGCACGGUUUCAAAACACGCACCCGCCGGUUGUGACACCCGUGGCCUUUCACACGGGGACGUAGUAACGACAAACACAACAGACCCACAAUCCCUUUCGGUAUGAAUAAUUAUGACGUCAUAAUUACUUGUCAGAGGAACUUCACAUGGUGCGUUUUACACAGCCUGUUUAAAAGCAGUAUACAAGCAAAGAGAGCCCCCGACAUGAGGGAUUUUUUUACAGAGAUGUUAAAAUAAAAUAAAAACUAUAUUUGCGAAGAAAAUUAACUUUCUUGUACAUGAGUUAACUAUCUUACAAAGACAGAAGCUAAAGGAAUGAGGAAGCAACUUCUGUGGCUCGUACACGUUUGCUUUCACAAGAUUAAAAGUAAAAAUAAUUAACAGGAAUGGGAGUCUGUCAACAUAACAAUAGUGGAUUCCAAAUAAUGACAUUUCUUUACACACAGCAGGGGUUGUAUAAACAAUAUAGAGACAUGGCCGGGCACAUCAUGGUUGGGAGAUAUGUCCAGACAUAUUCUGGAUAUUGGUACACAUGCGCACAGAGACAGCCAAAUCACGUGCCAGGGCCUUGACUAAGGAAUUUUGAGGUUUUUCUAGUCACUUAAGGCGUAGGUUUCUGAGACCCCAACAUGCAGACUGACAAUGGAAAUAAUAAGAGGUUUGCAGAUCCUUCUACACCGUGGGGCGAGGGAAGGCCUGUUCUGAAAGAUUGCCAUAAAAUAUGUUGCACUAAGUUCGGUGGUGAACGAGAGUUCUUCAGACCUAUUUUGUAUGGAUGCCGGCUGUCCUGCUGUAACGUGAAAGACUAUGAAGAUGGCGGAGGCUGUGAUGUAUGUUGUCGCCAGGACCUGGUAACGGCCAAGAGAAGCGGCUUAUCACAAGACAUUGCUGCUGCAAGUUGUGUUAUUCCAGGGUGUGACUAUAACAAGAAGGACUCCUUAACACCAAACUUACCAACCGGUGAAGAAACUGCAGAGGGGAGCAUAGAAGCGGUUCCUGGAUAUAACUAUGACAUGAUUUUUAGAAGCACCUCCAGUGAGGAAGACGCUACAGACGACUUCCCGUAUUAUCGAAGACCUACGAAGUAUAUCACUAGAAACAUCUCCAGUGAGGAAGAAGCCACAGAUGACUUCCCCUAUUAUCGAAACCCUACGAAGUAUACCACCAGUACGUUUACUGAGGAUAUUAAUGAUGAUGUUAAACCCGUGAUUCUGAAGAGUCGUGAUUACCCCAUUUGGCUACCAAGGGUUGGUAAAAGGGACUUUUCAAACGAUGACAACGAAGCUGUAGGAUGUGCAUGUGGGGGUGUUGAUUGCAUCUGUACGGCAACUACAGAGGUUGAUGAGGACGAUGAUGACGUGGUUGUCUAUUAUGCUAGCUCUGAUGACGGAUAUUAUUCUGCUAACCAAGUUCGUGAGAGCAUGUUGUAA